UUAUUUACGGUAAACGGAGCUUGACUUGGGGUCUUGCUGGGGUCCACCUGCUUCUUUCUUCCUCAAACGGCGUCGUGUCUGCUGCGUUGUAGUUUCUAACUGUAUUCGGGCUGUUUAAUGCCUCGUUGUUGGCGUGCUAGUGAUAUAAUCGUGAACCUUCUGACCGUGUACAUGUGUAGCCUACAGAGGUGGAGCAGCAGCUGUCAACAUCCACAAGCGUAAUAUCCCCCCGCACCCACCGCAUCCGGCGAACAGCCUGUCAUCAAAUUCUUCAACAAUACGUCUCGACCCUGACUAAACGGGUUUGUGUGUUUUUGAUACGCUUCCGUUACUUAUCAUCAGGUCCCCUUUCCUUCCCGCGACACGCUUUGGCUCUAGAUGUCCUCCUCGUCCCCUUCAUUCGCAUCUAGUGAGGCAAUUUCGUGGCCUCAUAUAAACUCUGCUAGUGCUCGCGGACUUUCAGAGUAUCCGAUCCUCGAUGAUCACCACCGUCAAUCGGAAUACCAUAUAGUGUCACCAUCGACUCUUAUGGCUCCGACUCCUGUAGCAGCUCUUAUCCCUCAGCACUCUAUGCCGACGACUUUUAACAUGCACCAGGAAUCAUCCGACUGCAGCGCCUACGACAGUACUGGCCGAAUUCUCUCGUCGUACUCUUCGACUUAUGGUCAGAAUCCUGGCUACACUAUGACCCCCGCAGCUCUUCAUGCUGCGAUGUCGUCUCUGCCCAGAAGAGAGGACGCAGUUCGGCUGUCGAGGAGGUCUCGUUGGAUGGAAGGCCAUCCAUACUUGUCGGGCGCUGCCGCCAUUUCUUCGCGUCUAUCGCCUUCAAGGUCCUCAGCACCUUCUCCUCUUCGCGGAUUUCUCGACUGCCCCUCGGUUUCGCCUGCUGUCAGCUCCGAGCCCAGGUCAACCGGAUUGUUCUCUGUUCCCGUCCUUGAGCACUUGGACGACGUUAGGCCUCCUCAGCAAACUGUUGCUGUGAGGCAGAGCUGGUGUUCAUCUGAUUCAGAGCAGUCGAAUUCAAUGUACGCUGAGUCGUAUGGGAAAUACUCCACCCAAAAACAGGAUCCGCCUGCGCCACACGACUCCUCUGAUCUUCUCGCGGCGAAGAAGAAGAAGAAAUCCAAGAUGCAUCAAUGUGAGAUCUGUCACCAUGAAUUUCCUCGACCCAGCGGGUUGCGGACACAUAUGAACAGCCACAACAACGUCCGACGUCUGUCGCCUUCCCGAUGUCUCUUGCCCGUUGUUUGACGCCAUUUCACAGCUUACCCUUGUACGUACCCAGGCUGCACGAAGACGUUUGGUGUACGUUCCAACGCCAAGCGGCAUCUUCGUACCCAUGGUACAUUUCCCCAGGCCGACGAGACCAGUCAAGUCGGCCAAUACACUGUCGAUCUGUUGCA